AAUAGUAGAGAAGUAUAUAUGUAUUUACAGGCGGCACUGCACAAGAGCUCAGUUAUAGUGGCGUGUCCUCUCCAAGAGCUUUACACCUAAUGGAUUCUUUCACAUCAUCGGCGGCAAUUGCCCAGAAGACCUGGGAGAUAGAGAACAACGUUGAGACAAUGGACUUGCCGCCGACGUCGGCCGACUCCGCCGCCGCCUCGGCAUCGUCGGACGCCAUAUUUUACUACGAUGAGACGGCGCAGACCAAGUUCCAGCAGGAGAAGCCAUGGACCAACGAUCCGCACUACUUCAAGCGCGUCAAGAUCUCCGCACUCGCGCUUCUCAAGAUGGUUGUCCAUGCGCGCUCCGGUGGCACCAUCGAGGUUAUGGGCCUUAUGCAGGGGAAAACCGACGGCGACGCCAUCAUUGUCAUGGAUGCCUUCGCUCUUCCCGUCGAAGGCACUGAGACUAGGGUUAAUGCUCAGGCCGAUGCUUAUGAGUACAUGGUCGAUUAUUCGCAAACAAAUAAACAGGCUGGUCGGUUGGAGAAUGUUGUUGGAUGGUAUCAUUCCCAUCCUGGCUAUGGAUGCUGGCUUUCUGGUAUUGAUGUUUCUACACAAAUGCUAAACCAGCAAUUUCAGGAGCCCUUUCUAGCCGUAGUUAUUGAUCCAACAAGAACUGUUUCUGCUGGGAAAGUUGAGAUUGGUGCGUUCAGAACAUACCCAGAGGGAUAUAAGCCGCCAGAUGAACCAGUCUCUGAGUAUCAGACCAUCCCUUUGAACAAAAUUGAAGAUUUUGGAGUGCACUGCAAACAGUAUUAUUCUUUGGACAUCACAUAUUUCAAAUCAUCUCUGGACUCUCAUCUUUUGGAUCUUUUAUGGAAUAAGUAUUGGGUGAACACACUUUCUUCUUCUCCUUUACUUGGGAAUGGAGACUAUGUUGCAGGACAGAUUUCAGAUCUUGCUGAAAAGCUAGAACAAGCUGAGAACCAACUAUCUCAUUCAAGGUUUGGACCCUUGAUAGCUCCUGCUCAGAGGAAGAAAGAGGAGGAAUCUCAACUUGCUAAGAUAACUUGUGAUAGUGCAAAGAUAACUGUGGAGCAGGUUCAUGGACUAAUGUCACAGGUUAUCAAGGACAUCCUUUUCAACACAGUUCGUCAGUCAAACAGAUCCCGGACAGAGUCCUCAGGACCUGAGCCCAUGGUUGAAACAUGAACUCAAUAUUACAUUAGUUGUUAUCCUCAUCUCAUGUAGAUCUCUUUUUUUGUUAAUUGGAAGUUGUGGGAUUGUUGGCUGUGGCUGAUAUACGAAUUUGACUAGCUAGAAGGUGAUAUAAAAUGGUGUAAUUUAUUUAUGGCACUUUUGGCUCCAAAACUAGUAUCAGCUUUCUUUUUAAUGCAAUUAAUUGGAUUUUGCUGUAGCA